AUGGCAUUUUCCAGGGUUUCUCUCCUCGUCCUUCUCGUAGCCUUCGCUACCGUCCUUGGCGUCUCGGGCCAGACCGAGCCGUAUCUCGUCACCAAGGCCCGUCUGACCCGCGCAGCGGCCGUCAGCGCCACCAACGACUUUAACAAAGCCAACGCGCUCGUCGCGCAGCGCGCUCAGGAGCUCAACGAUGCGGACAAAUCCCUCGCAGACGCCGCUGCGGCAUACAACGACGCGUUGCCCCUCGUGAACCGCCUCAAGGCGACCCUCGCGCAGAAACUCGCAGCCAAGGACAAAACCGCCUCCGUGAUUCCCGGCCUGCAGGACAAGCUCGAUGCCGCAAAGGCAGGCCUUGCUACGACCAACGCCGCGUCGGGGACGGAUCCUGCUGAACUUGCAUCCGUCAUUGCAAAUGCGAAGCAACGUGCAGAAUUGACGGCGCAGCAGGUUGACCGGCAGAAGGAAGCUCUUCAGAACGCUAACUCGGCCGUCGAGAAUGCGACUCAGGCCACCGCUAACCCUGACAUGACGGCUGCGGAGGCCAAUGCUGCCCAGGCUGCGCUCGCCGAUAAGACGGCGAUGCAGACGCUCGCGAAGCAGAUUUUGGACGACGUGGUCGCACAGGCGAAGAGCGCGCAGCAGGCGCUGGCGAAGGUCCAGGACGCGGCGAAAAACCCCGCGACUGCGCCGGUGGACCAAUCGGCGGUUGACGCGGCGCAGGCGGCGCUGGACGCGGCGGUGAAGGCGGACAACGACGCGGCGGCGGCGGUGGCGCAGGCGACGAGCGACGUGAACGACGCACAGGCGUCUGUUCCGGCGAGGUCUUCGGCGGUGACUAAUGCGAAGAUCGCGCAGAGCAAGGCUGUGGCGGCGAAAGCGAGCGCGGACAAUGCUGCUGCGGCGAUGAAGAGCAGGAUGGACGCUGCUGUGGCUGUUGCCGAAUCUGCCGAGUCUGCUGCAAAGAAUGCCGGUUACUCCUGGACGUGGUAA